AAGUUCUGCCUUGGCCAUCUGCAUCACCUGAUCAAAACCCUAUUGAGAACGUUUAGUCGAUAAUGAAGGAUACAAUAGGUAAAAAAAACAUUCAAACAAUUCAAGAGUUGGAACAAGAAAUAAGAAAGACACGGAAAGGCCUGCCAGUUGACUUAGCUGUCAAAUUGGUCGAUAGUAUGGACAGACGAGUACAGUGCUUAAUUGAAGCAAAUGGUGACUAUACAUCAUAUUAAAAUAAAACAUCUUCUUGUACUUUAGUUUGAUAAUAAAAAGAAAGAAAAUAUUAAGAUCAAAAUACUUAUAUAUCUCACAGUUUUUAUACGUGGAACAAUCUAAAUGAAAAAAAAAUUUUAGUCAAGUUGAGUCUCAGAAUCGUUUCAAAUCAAUCUAAUCUGACUUGGCGUCUAAUGUCUUUGUGAAAAUAUGUUUUUUAUUUCAAAUGACAAAACCAACAGUUCAACAAAAAUUAAAGAGGGCUCCACAAGCAAAACGUUUUCAGGCUAAAAAUCAAGUUUAGAGAAAUUACUUCUAAAAAGAGGAAUCUCAUUUGAUUGUAAAUUAAAUAUAGAAUUUCUUGAUGCCUAUAUUGCAGUAUAAAAGUUUUUGCAGCAAACUAUGAAUCGGAUACAUGAAUGACUGUAGAAUCUGGUAACAAAAAUGUGAGUCAUAUGGGCCCUGAUAGCUUACCAAUAAAUAAGUUACCGUUUGAAAUAAAACUAAUUUCUACAUAUCUCAUCAUUCAAGAGAAUUAAACUUUUAUUACAAUCAAACAAAAUCAGCUUUUAGUAUUUGAAUAAAAAAAAAACAAUCGUUGAAAUAGUUACAGAAAUUAUAGAAUUGUUCAAUUCUUACUCUUUAUGUUAUUAUAUAUUUAAUUUAUUUAAUCAACCAGUUUUCUAUUAUUCAUAAUUUUGUAUAAAUGUGUAAACACAUUUUUUUCUUUCCUUUUUUUUAGGCAUCGGAUGCUCUAAAAAAAGAUGCAUUGAGUACUGUUCGAUGUGUUGAAGUUGGUAUUCCUAGUUGUAAUUCUGGUUCCAAUAAAUCGAUCCAUAUUGGCAAAAAUCUUGUACCGUUUCUCACUACUCAUACGCCUUAUUUACAAAUAUUACGUCUUUGGCGACCAGAUGAUUUUCCUUGGACUUCUAUUCGACCAGAUAUAACACGAGGACAUUUGACUUCUAUUGACGUUUCACGAUGGAUAAAAUCUUUACAAACAUCUCAAUCGAUUGUUGAACAUGUAAAUAUUUUUCAAAAAGAUCUUUGUCAAUUAAUUCAACAAUUAAAACAAUUGGUUUUUCUUGAUAUUCAUGGAAAAAUUCAUCCUAGCAAAGUCAAAUCAUACCGUUGUAUGGUUCAAAAAUGUUUUCCUCAUAGUAAGAUUGACAUUGAAAUAUCUAGAUUUCGUCUUUGGAUAUAA